AGCAUUGCUGGCUCAAGCCAGCCUGGGGUGCUGCGCGGUCCGGCCGCGGCCAUGGCCGGCCCCGUGGCUUUCUGCAACUGCGGCGGCGCGCGCAGCAGCAGCAGCAGCAGCAGCAGCAGCAGCAGCAGCAGCAGCAGCAACAGCAGCAGCGGCAGCGGCGGCGGUGGCAGCAGCCACGGCGCGAGCUCUGGUGGGGACAGCUGCGCGCGGCGCAGCUCGUCGGCCUCGGGCAGGCCGCGGGCAUCGCCGGCGGCGCCGCCGCGGCUCGCCCUCUCCGCCGCCGAGCGGGCGGGCGCCGCGGCCGCGAGGCCCUCUGGCUCCCAUGGCCGGGGCGCCUCCCGGAGUGCCGCGGGCGCCGGCGGCCAGCCGCGGGGCGCGGGCUGGCCGGUCGUCCAGGUCCUCACCCACGAGUGGGAGGGCGCCGCUGGCUUCGCCUCCGAGGACUCGGGGGAGGGUGCCCUCCCCGAGGGCGCGCGUGGGCCGCGGCGGGGCGAGGGCAGCCCUGGCGCCCUCCGCGUCCUCACGCACGAGUGGGCGGGCGACCUGGACUCGGACGCCUCCUCCGGCUCGGCCGCUUGCUCGCCUGGCCCCAGGCGGCGCCAUCGCCUGCAGGGGCGGCUGCCAGAGGGCCGCGUGAGCUCCAUAAAGCUGGCGACGGACGCCGUGCAGGCUGCCGAGAGCAUUGUGCGGCGCAAGGAGGGCUUCAGAAGCUUACUGCAGCCGCUUGGCGGCGUCAUCGUGUUCCUAUCGUGCAACUUGAAGCUCUUAGCGGUUGGCCAUUUCCUCAGGCUGUUCGAAAUCAAGGAGACGGCGUUCGUGUUCUGCCAAAGUGUCCACCGCAAUUUCUUAUUGCUGUUCCCCGUGGUCUUCGUGCUCAACGGAGGCUUCAUUAUUUUUCAGAUCGCAUGCGUGCGAAGAGACAGGGAGCUGAGACAGGCGCGAUUGCGCCUGUGGAACAGCGGCUCGCACGCCGCCUGGUUCCUCACCUGCCUCGGCAGUUUCAUCUUCCUGGGGGCGCUCUCCGGUUGGCAGCUGAUGCGCGCUUACCGGCAGUUGAAGAAACCGGGAUACCGUGACAGCUUCUUGGUGGAGCUAAGUGAUCCAAGCAUGGUGGACGAUACGGCGCAUAUGAUGCCGAUGUUCAGCAGCCAUUUGGUUUUCCUCGUGGAGUUGCUCUUUGUGAUUUUGGAGUUCCGCGUGUCCCUGGAUGUAGUACUUUGCAACCUGAUCUUCGAGUUCACAUGGAUUGUCAGCUUCACGCUGGUGGUCAUCGCCGCCGUGACGUUCGAUCGCAGUGUGUCGCGCCGGAUCCGGAAGCUGAAGCACUUUGAAUCGGCACACGUCCUCUUCCGCGCGUUCGAGCUGUGGACGAAGUGCUGGAUCUGCCGUGCGUACUUCUGGAUGUUGCACGGGAACGACUGGGCGCUGUGGCCUUUUUUCAUCUUGGAAUGGGCCUUCUGCACCGCGGCGCUCUGUUGGGUCUCGGGGGCAGCGUCGUGGCGCGAGAUGAUGGUGGGGUCUUUUCUGGUCGGACCCAAUCUUGCUCUGUUCGUGGACGACCCGGGGCGUCUCAAGAGUGCUGGCCUUCUUACCCGCUGCCUCGACGCGAUGAGAGUGUUGGAGGUCGUCAUUCUGAGCUGCUGGAUUGUAACAGACUGGCUGGGCCUGCAGCGGGGGUUGAUGCACAUGGGCGAGUCAGAGUAUUCGGCCUGGAAGCAGUUCGGAUUGCACGUCUGGCUGUGCGGUUGUGCCGGCCUGUUCCUGUUGGUUCAGGGCACCUGCAUUGUAUUUCGCCGAGUUCUCGCUGGUAAGCUGCCCCUGAGCCCGGGGAGCGCGGGCAAGUUCGCGCCGAUCGGCGUGACGCCGUCGUUGUCGGAGUCCUCUCCGUUGAUGGGCCGGGCGGCCGAUUUCGACUUGCUGCGCUGGGAGAACGAGGGGCUCGGCACCUACCUGUUCGCGAGGGGGAUCGGGGACCAGUUCGAGUCGCUGCUGGAAAUCAUGUGCGAGACCUCAGAGGACAGGCUGCAGCUCUCCAGGCUGAAGGUCGUGCGGCAGCUGGGCGAGGGCGGCUUCGGGCGCGUGUUCGAGGUGCAGGACUGUCGCUGCCGCGGCGGCGCCGCGUCGGGCAGCGGCCGAUACGCGCUGAAGCUGCAGCUCAAGAACGCCAAGUCCAGCGUCGCCGUGCGCGAGGCGGAGAUGAUUCACCAGCUGGACCACAUGUUCAUUGUGGACCUGGUCCGCGUCUUCCACACCAACGCCUUCUACUGCAUCCUGAUGGAGCUGUGCGAGAUGGACCUUAACGGCCGCAUCCUGGCCUGCAUGGACGGCGUGGGUAUCGCCUGCUGCCUUCCCACCGCGCAGGCGCAGCACUACUCCGCGUGCAUCGGCCUUGCCCUGGAGCACCUCCACAGCAGGGACUUCGUGUUCCGCGACCUGAAGCCAGAGAACGUGCUGACAACCGCUGUUGUGAAGGACGCCCAGGGACUCGGCAUCGCUGAUUUGGGGCACGCCAAGCUGGCGGACUUCGGCCUGGCCAGGUCCGUCGAUAGGAGGGCCCUGGCACUCUCUGGCAAGGAGUUCUUCAGCAUGUGGUCGGGCACCAAGGCUUUCAUGCCCGACGACCCAUACCCCGAGGGUCUCUUCGCGGACGACCCCCAGGUCGCCUCGGCCCUGAUCGCCCGCGACUGGUACGCCUUCGGGUGCUGCGUGGUGCUCAUGCUGCUCGGCGAGCGCGCCGCUCGCCGGGUGGCCCACGGCGAGCGCCACGUGCUGCUGCCGCUGCACCCCGACGUGGCGCGGGCCCAGCUGCCGGAGCACGCGGACGCCUGCGACGCCGACGCGCUGGCGCUGGUCCUUGGGCUCAUCGCGGAGGCGGACCGGCGCGUCGGCCUGGACGCCGUGCGCGCGUGCCCGUGGCUGCACCAGGCAUGGGCGGACGCUGAGCUGAUGGCGAACACGAGGCCCUCCCGGAUGGAUCGCCGCCGCAGCAGCCUCAAUGCCCACUGGAAGUGGGGCUUGCGCCGCCUGGGCGCGGCGCCCGUAGAAACCGCUUAGCGCUGAUGGCGGGCCGCCCGGGGCUCCUCUCGCAGCGCCGGGCCGCCUGCACGUAGGACUGCACGGGCGUGGACUGCGCAUGCUGCACGCAGGCCGCCUCGCAGAACAGCACGUAGUUCGCCUCGAAGAACACAGGUGCCAUGCAACGCAUCGCUUGCACGCGUAGGUUGCGCCACAUUUCUGCGAUGCGUCCCAGCCUGUGUGGCAUACCGUGUAGGUAGUAUGAAGAUGCUUACGCGGGAUCCAGCUAUGAUGUUUCUCGCAGUAGCGUCAUGCUGCGGGAAAGAGCAGAUCCUUUGUUAAAGGCCCGUCUCUUCGGUGUCCUCCUCCUCCCCCUCCCCCGCCUCCUCCUCCCCCUCCUCCUCCCACUGUCAUGCUCCUCAUCUUCGUCCUUCCUCG